CUUCCAUACACAAGCCAACAUGGACGACGCAAGAAAGACGUGGGAGCUGGAGAACGCAAUCAACCUCACAGACGCCACUCGCGAUCAACUAUACACCUACUCGGUCGAACAGCAAAAGGACAUCAACAACAAGAGACCAUGGCGCGCAGACCCCAACCAUUUCAAGCAUGUUCGCAUCUCAUCUGUCGCCCUGCUUAAGAUGGUCAUGCACGCUCGCUCCGGUGGCAGCAUCGAAGUCAUGGGCCUCAUGAUCGGCUACGUUCUGGACGAGACCUUUAUCGUCACUGACGCUCUCCGCCUGCCUGUCGAAGGAACAGAGACCAGAGUCAACGCUCAAGACGAGGCCAACGAAUACAUGGUCAAAUACCUGGACCGCUCCCGUCAAGCCGGUCAACUCGAAAACGCCGUCGGCUGGUACCACAGUCAUCCCGGCUAUGGCUGCUGGCUUAGUGGCAUCGAUGUCUCGACUCAGUUCACUCAGCAAACCUUCUCGGAUCCUUUCGUCGCCGUUGUCAUUGACCCCGACCGCACUGUCAGCUCUGGCAAGGUUGAGAUUGGCGCCUUCAGAACAUACCCCGAGGGUCACGUCCCUGCAGGCCAUGACUCUGCCGGAGAGGGCAUGGCCGCUGUUCCUCUUGCCAAGGCUGCCGACUUUGGCGCCCACGCAAACAAGUACUACUCACUUGACGUCUCACACUACAAAUCCUCUCUCGACAAUACGCUGCUGGAAGCUCUCUGGAACAAGUACUGGGUCCAGACUCUGUCAUCCUCGCCUCUGUCUACCAACCGCGAAUAUGGUACCAAGCAGAUUGAAGACCUGGCAGGCAAGAUCCACCAAGUCACUCAAAACGCAAAGCAUAGGGGCUCCAUGUCAAUGCGUCCGGGUGGACCAAAGGGUGACGCUGCACUGGACAAGGUGGUAGCUGCUGCCGACAAGAUUGCCAACGAGGAGAAGACGGGUCUUCUGGCUGCUCAGAUCAAGGAGAAGGUCUUUUCGACACCCUCGCAAGCUGCAGCCAACUCGGGCGGCAACGGAAUUGAGGUGAAGAUGCAGGAGGCCAUGGAAGAGUAGAGGAAGACCUCUUAAACGACGACGAUGAUACGAAUUGCAUGGGUUUGCUGGCGUACAUAUGGCUCGAGACACGCAUUUACCACGGCGUUAUCAUGGGUUACAGACUAUAAUAAGGUCACGGGCAAUAGAGCGUAGGAAGAACGCGAGCGUAUACAAUCCUAAGCUGAUCUGUUCUUCGCGACAAUCUUUGUUCAAGCUUGAACGCGUCGAUCCAAAAGUGCCACGUAUUUCGUCAUCUUUCCUUGCUUUUUCCAGGAGCUCGACCAAAGCUCGAAAAUUGAUGUGAGUUUGGUGGUGCCUGAUUCCAUUUUCUUAGUGAGGCAGACGUGAAACAUAGUAUCCGACAUGACGCAGCAACGGACUCCAGCAGUAUAAUGUUCACUUGACAAAG